AGCAGUUUUGCUUGUGGGAGGAGAAGGAGGAGGGAGAGAGCAGGAGGAAGGAGAAGCCUUCUCAGUUUCUGUGAGUCCUGCUCGCUGUAGGCUACAGAAUGGACGCAGUUGCUUUCCUCUCAGUUUGAGAGGCAACUGCAGUUUUUUUUUUCUUUUCUUUUUUCUUUUUCUUUUUUAGUCUUCCCUUCCUUCCUCGUGCCAGACAUCAGUAGUAGACACUGCAGAUUUGUUUCCCCUUCCACACUGUACUUUUUUUUUUUGGGACUGCUCUCUCACUCCUGUGUUAUUAUUUCGGUGCUUGGGAAGUACCAUGCCGGUGGUUGGUGUAGCCUCCAAGCUCAGGCCACCCUCCUCAGUGGGCACCAAACCGGUGCACACGGCUCUCCCCAUCCCCAGCGCGGUGAGGGCGGCCACCUCCCAGGGCUACAUGGCCCGGCAGCAGGAGCUCAGGGCAGGUGAGGGCGCCCCAGGGCUCUCCUGCCAGCUGUCAGUCAAGUCUGAGUACCGGCAGGAGAGGACGCCUGAUGGGAGGUCCAGAGCCGAGACGGAGGAGAGCAAGAUCUGCAAGAUCUACACAGACUGGGCCAAUCACUACCUGGCCAAGUCUGGCUGUCCACGUCUCAUCAAGGACCUGAGCCAGGACAUCCCCGAUGGAGUCCUGCUGGCACAGAUCAUCCAGAUCAUAGCGAAUGAGAAGGUGGAGGAUAUCAAUGGCAGCCCCAGGAGCCAGUCACAAAUGAUUGAAAAUGUGGACGCCUGCCUCAGUUUCCUGGAUGCCAGAGGAGUGAAUGUACAAGGGCUCUCAGCAGAAGAGAUCAGGAAUGGCAACCUAAAGAGCAUCCUGGGCCUCUUCUUCAUCCUGUCACGCUACAAGCAGCAGCAGCAGCAGCAGCAGCAGUACUACCAGUCCCUGGUGGAGCUCAGCCAGCAGUCCAGCAGCACCGCAACGUCCGCCAGCACCCACAAGACACAAGAGAUGCAGUCCAGUCUCACAGCACGAUAUGCAAGUCCUCCGGGCCACAGUGGACUAGGGUCACCACAGAAGAAGAACACAAGGUUACCGGGACCCUCCAGGGCACCUGCUGCGGGCAGCGGGGCCUCCAGGAGCCCUGGCUCAUCCAACCUCAACCGUCGGAGCCAGAGUUUCAACAGCAUUGACAAGAGCAAGCCUCUUCAAUAUGCCAGUGGCAACGACAGAGAAGCUGUGAGGGGCAUCCAAGUGCCCAGCGGGAUGAGCGGGAGCGGGAUUGGCGGGACAGUUCCCACCAGCCUCAGUGGGCAGCAGCUGGCCUCUGCCAUCCCCUCACCCAGCGCUGGCAAAACCUGGCGCAGCAAAUCCAUGAACCUCAAGCACAGCGCCACUUCGUCCAUGCUGGCAAGCCCAACGCACUCGCCGUCCACCACCCCUUCACCUCAGGCCACAGAGGGACUUUCACUACAUGGAAGCGAUGGAUCAAAAGUCGGGUCCUCUGUCGGUGGUGGACCACAGAGGUCCAUGCUGGAGAAGUUCCGCCUGAUUAACCCUAGAUCGCGAGCGUCACCGUCUGUGGCAGAGAUGGCUCUGCAGGAGGAGGAUGACAUGUCGGAGUAUGGUGAGGAUGGACUGACACCCCCAGGGUCAGUGUGCAGCAGCGGCAGUAGCAGUGCUACGGCCAAGCAAAUGCCUACCAAGACCCCUGCAUCGUCCCUCACUGCAUCUAACAAGACUUCCUCUUCAUCCUCCUCCUCAUAUUCAAAAACUUCUGCCAAUGGCAGUAGAUCUGUGGCCUCGUCCAAAGACAAGGAGGACAAAAGCAGGUCCGGGAAAUCUUCCAAGGAUAGCUCUCCACUUAAAGAUGACCGUGAGUCAUUUGCGGACUCCAGCAAGAAGUCCUCCAAAAUUGCCAGCCUCAUCCCCAAGGGAGGCAAGCCAUCAGCAGGGAAGAAAGAAGGUGGCGCUUCUAGUGGCAUCCCCAAGGCAGGACUUAAAGCUCCCUCAUCCACAACGGCAAAGCCUCAGGGUCAGUCCCAGACCCAAAGUCAGGCCUCCUUAAACAGCAGCGGCAACAUGCGGGGAGGAGACGGAGAGCGCGGCAGGCUGACAAAAGGAGGGCAGGGUGGGAGUUUCUACAUACAGCGUUCCAGCGUUGGGGGCCCAGAAGGAAAACGGACCAGCAUGACCUCCUCCACCAGCACCUCGGCCCUGUCCGGGUCCAGUGGGAUUCUGGCAGGCGGAGGAGCGCUGGGAGGGAACGGAGUAGUUCAGCUUCCUCAGCAGCAGCAGCACAACCAUCCCAACACUGCCACAGUGGCCCCGUUCAUGUACAGGACCUUCUCAGAAAAUGACUGUACCAUGAUGGCCCCGGCCGACCCCUGCCUCAGCCCCACCAAGGGAGAACUGGUCUACAGCAAGACAGCCAAACAGUGCCUGGAGGAGAUAUCAGGAGAGGACCCUGAGGCAAGACGCAUGAGGACGGUGAAGAACAUUGCAGACCUGCGGCAGAACCUGGAAGAAACCAUGUCCAGUCUACGGGGGACACAGAUUACCCACAGUACACUAGAAACAACCUUCGACACCACGGUAACCACUGAGGUCAAUGGGCGAAGUCUCCCAGCCCUCACUACCCGCUCCUCCCCCAUGGCCUGGCGACUGGGGCAAACCCAGACCCCUCGUCUCCAGGCAGGCGAAGCCCCCUCAAUGCCCAGCAGCUAUGCUGCGCCCAGGGCCAGCUCGACAGGGGCUGGCACCACCACAGGGCGCUACAGUGGGCACUCGGACGCCACCAGGUUUGUGUACAGUGCCCCCCUGAGGCGAGCAGCCGCGGCAGGGUCGAGGGGGGCUGAGCAGGGGGAGAAGGGAGAUGGAGGGCUGGAGAGAGGGAAGCAGAUGGAGGUGGCAGGGUACAUGAGUGAUGGGGACAUCCUAGGGAAGAACGGCCGGAUGGAUGAGAUCACCAGCGGAUACCUCACAGACGGCGGCCUCCAUCUGUAUGCGAGGAACACGGGCCGGGGCUCAGACGUGGCUUCUUCUUCGAGAGAAACAUCCCAGAGAGGAAGCAAAGAGAUGCAGGGAGACAUAGACAGUUGGGACGACAGCAGCUCGGUGAGCAGCGGCCUGAGCGACACGUUGGACAACAUCAGUACAGACGAUCUGAACAGCCCCGCCUACACUGUGGUCAGCUCAUCACGCAAAAGCAAAGGAGCGCAGUCCCAGAGAGGAAGCAAGUCAAAGCAUGCAGAGCAGGAGGUGAGCAGCAGCUGGGCCGGAGCCGAGGACCUCAAGAAGGUAGAAGAGGAGUUGGAACAAAGCAUGGACCCCAGCAGCGGCUCCUCCCGGUGGAAGCCUUCCUCGUCCUCCUCCUCCUCCUCCCAAGCCCAGGGCCAAUAUGAGGACGCCAGUCAGAAGGCCACCGCACUGGCCCAGAUGUCCCAGACGGGCUCGUGGAGGAGGGGCAUGACAGCCCAGGUGGGCAUCACGCCACCCAGGACCAAGGGUACGACUGCUACCCUUAAAACACCAGGCAAAACUGAUGAUGCUAAGGCCUCAGAAAAGGGCAAAGCACCUUCUAAGAGUUCAGCUGGCAUCCAGCGCUCACCCUCUGAUGCCGGGAAGAGCAGUGGAGAUGAAGGCAAGAAACCCCCCUCUGGCAUUGUGCGCCCACCCACCACAGGCUCAUUUGGAUACAAGAAGAUCCCAGGUCCCAGUGGUACCCUAAUCACCUCUAGCGGGGCAACACUCACCAGCGGCUCAGCCACCCUGGGCAAGGCGCCCAAAUCCUCAGCUGCCCUAGGCAAAGGCACAGGCAUCGGCGGUGUGCGGAAGACCAGCCUGGAUGGCUCACAGCCCCAGGAUGAUGGCGUCCUGCUGAGCUGCGGAACCUCCAAAAUGACCCUCCAGUACCGCUCGCUACCCAGACCGGCCAAAUCCUCCAGUGGGGUGUCAGCAGGGCGCAGCGGGCAUCGCUCCAGCUCCAGCAGCAUCGACUCAAAUGUCAGUGGCAAAUCCGCUGGUGGGGCAGUCACACAAACGGGGGCCAAACGCAGAGAUGGAAAGGUGGCCUCGGAUCGCACCAGUCCCGUCACAAUAAACCAGACAGACAAGGAGAAAGUGGCUGUGUCAGACCAGGACCCAGCAACAGGAUUAUCCACAUCCCCCAAGUCCAGCCCUACCUCCACUUCAUCGGGCCAGACCGGCCUCAGGCAGCCAGGCUCCAAGUACCCUGAUAUUGCUUCUCCUACCUUCCGCAGAUUGUUUGGCACCAAAGCCAGCAGCAAGGCCAGCACUCCGGGCACGCCCGACUCUGGCAAGUGCCCCUCAUUACUGGGCAGCCCCCACGGCACAUUGGCAAGGCAGGCAAGUCUGGAUUCACCCUCCUCUGGCUCGGGGAGCCUGGGCAGCGCUUGUGGCCUGAGUGGUGGUAGCAGCCCACUGUACGGUAAAACCCCAGACUUGUGCACUGACUCCCCGGCAUCCAGUCCAGCUUCUGGCCUCUCCCUGCCCUCCAACGCUCGGCCAUGGCCUGCCUGUAGCUCGUCAGCUGGCAGCAAGGACACACUGAGCUGCCAAAGCAUGACCAGUCUGCACACCAGCUCUGAGUCUAUUGAUCUGCCGCUGGGCCACCACGGGCCAAAGAUUACACGAACCGGCAGUGUCAAGUCCACCCUGUCUGAGGGCAUGCCUCUUGACAGAAACACGCUUCCCAAAAAGGGACUGAGGUACCCUCCGUCCUCCCGGCAGGCGUCCCACGAGGAAGGGAAGGAGUGGUUGAGGUCCCAUUCAACAGGGGGGCUUCAGGACACAGGCAGUCAAUCCCCACUGUCUCCUCCAGGAGCCUCCUGCACCACCACUGGAAAAUACCACUACUCCAACCUGCUGAGUCCCACCAACAUUAGCCAGUAUAACCUGCCACCAAUCAGCAAUUGCAUGAGCCGAUCCAACAGCAUCCCUGCCCAUGACUCCUUUGACCUUUAUGAAGAGGGUCACCCGCUGGGUAGCAGCGCCACCUCCUUGGAGGACCGGCCACGUGGCAUCAGCCGCUCUGGCUCCUUCAGGGACAGCACUGAUGAAGUCCAUGGCUCCUCAUUGUCUCUGGUCUCCAGCACAUCUUCACUGUACUCAGCGACUGAGGAGAAAGCACACUCAGAGGGCCAAACAGUCCAAAAUUCCACGCAAAUCAGAAAGCUGCGCCGGGAGCUGGACGCCUCUCAGGAGAAGGUUGCGACCCUGACAUCUCAGCUUACCACCAACGCUCACCUGGUGGCAGCCUUCGAAAAGAGCCUGAGUAACAUGACCGGCCGCCUGCAGAGCCUCACCAUGACCGCUGAACAAAAGGAGACUGAGUUGGUUGAGCUGCGGGAGACGAUAGACGUGCUGAAGACCCAGAACACAGACGCUCAGACGGCCAUUCAGGUGGCUCUCAAUGGCCCGGAUCACCUCCACAAAGACCUGCGGAUCAGACGGCAGCACUCGUCUGAAAGCAUGUCUAGUAUAAACAGCGCAGCCAGUCACUCCAGCAUGGGCAGCUUGGGCAAGGACGCCGAAGACAAGAAGAAGAAGAAGAAAAGCUGGGUGGCUGAUUCCAUCCCGGCUCAGCUACGCAGUUCCUUCAAGCAGGCGUUCAGCAAGAAAAAAACCAAGUCCCAGUCGGCCCAUGACGAGAUGGAGGAGAUGAUUGACUCUCUGCCGUCCUCGCCCAAACUGCAGCAUGACAACAGGCAGGGCAGCAUCCUCACGCUGCACUCCUCGCCCUCCACCACAGAGUUGUGUGAAUGCACCGAGGCUGAGGCUGAAGUCAUCCUCCAGCUGAAGAAUGAGCUGAGAGAGAAGGAGUUAAAGCUGACAGACAUUCGCCUGGAGGCGCUCAGCUCCGCCCACCACCUGGACCAAAUCCGAGAGGCCAUGAACCGCAUGCAGAAUGAGAUUGAGAUGCUGAAAGCAGAAAACGAUCGCCUCAAGUCUAGCGGUAACGCGACGCCGACGGCCACGCCCAUCAAAACCGCCCGGCCGCCCUCCGAGACCUCCAGCACCUCCUCGUCCUCCUCGCGUCAGUCCUUGGGGCUGUCGCUCAAUAACCUCAACAUCACCGACACCAUCAUGUCAGAUAUUCUACUGGAUGACGGCUACGAGGGCAAUCUACGCAAGGAGGGCCGGAGUGUGCGGAUCGUGGUCACCGUCAGCAGCGGGCGAAGAACCACUAAGGCUACAAAGAACCAUCAGUACCUGAUUGGGUCGAUAGGAGUGAGCGGAAAAACCAAGUGGGACGUGCUGGACGGGGUCAUCCGACGCCUCUUCAAGGAGUACGUGUUUCGGGUGGACCCUCUGACCAGUCUGGGUCUCAACUCAGACAGCAUCGUCUGCUACAGGAUGGGUGAUGUGGUUCGCGCCCACGCCUCUGAAGUGCCUGAGCUGCUGCCGUGCGGCUACCUGGUGGGCGACAACAACAUUAUCAAGGUCAACCUCAAAGGAGUGAGGGAGAACAGUAUAGACAGUCUGGUGUUUGACACCCUCAUCCCAAAACCCAUUAUCCAGCGGUACCUCAACCUGUUGAUGGAACACCGACGCAUCAUCCUCUCAGGACCUAGCGGCACUGGCAAAUCCUUCCUGGCUGCCAAGCUGGCCGAGUACAUCAUCUCCCAGAUGGGGCAGGAGGUGACGGAGCACAAUGUGGCCAGCUUCAACGUGGACCAGAACUCCAGCAAGGAUCUGCGUCAGUACCUGUCCAACCUGGCUGAGCAGUGCAACUCUGAGGAGACGGACACCGAGCUCCCCACUGUGGUCAUCCUGGACAACCUCCACCAUAUCGGCUCCCUCAGUGACAUAUUCAACGGUUUCCUCAACUGCAAGUACCACAAAUGCCCGUAUGUAAUUGGGACCAUGAACCAGGGAGUUUCCUCCUCUCCGAACCUCGAGCUGCACCACAACUUCAGGUGGGUGCUGUGCACCAACCACACCGAGCCCAUCAAAGGUUUCUUGGGCCGUUUCCUGCGCCGAAAGCUGAUAGAGACAGAGAUCACUAAAAACAUGCGCAGCAAUGACUUGAUUAAGAUCAUCGACUGGAUCCCCAAGACCUGGCAGCAUCUCAACGGCUUCCUGGAGGCACACAGCUCCUCCGAUGUCACCAUAGGUCCCCGUCUCUUCCUGUCCUGUCCCAUGGAUGUGGAAGGCUCUCGGGUUUGGUUCACUGACCUGUGGAACUACUCUCUGGUACCCUACCUGCUGGAAGCCGUCAGGGAAGGGCUUCAGCUUUACGGCCAAAGAGCUGCAUGGGAGGAUCCGUCCAAGUGGGUGAACGACACGUAUCCAUGGAACGCCGCUGCGCUGCAGCAGGAGGGCCAGUCGCUGCUCCAGUUGAGACCAGAGGAUGUAGGAUACGAAGGCUACAGCUCAUCCAAGGAGGGAGCCUCAUCUAAGCAGGUGUCUCAGAGUGACACUGAGGGAGACCCACUGAUGAAUAUGCUGCUACGGCUGCAGGAGGCAGCUAACUACUCCAGCACACAGAGCUGCGACAGUGACAGCACCAGUCACCAUGAUGACCAGCUGGACUCUUCACUGGAGUCGGCACUAUGAGCGAGAGCUGCGCUGGGACACACCGCACCCUUGGACCCCACCAGCCUGGGAACAUUCAAACCCCCAACACUGUCAGACACGCCCCGAGUAGUGCACAGAUCUAUGGCAUAUGAAAAGUUUUAUCAUACAAACUGUUACAUCCAUCAUUUUACAGUAAACCCCUAUUUUCUACAUGAGGAUGGUGCAAUAUUAAAUCAAAGUAUUAUAUGGAAAACAAUCAUUCAGGUUGGAUCGUGUCAGUUUGCCUGACAUCAAACAGUGAAGUAAGCGAGUAAUCAUUAAUGGAUGUAUCACAUUUGAAAUAUACAACUUUUCAAAUAUCUGUAAAUGGGGCUUUUCUCUGAAGUUGAAUUCCAAAGAGUAAAGGGUUUGUGCUCAGCCGUGACGAGCCACAGGUUACUCUCCAUUACUUCAACUUUGGGCGUCAAAGUGUCAGAGAAAGGGAAAAGAGGUCGACAUGACAAAACUGGGUUUUUUGUUUCUUUAAAACCCAGAUAUAUCUUCAGAUGUUUACAAGGGCGGGGACAGGUUCUGUUUCUUAUGUCAUUCCUUGUUUAAGGAGGUGCUUCACACACCAACACACGCACACACACACAUACAUGCACUUACAAACAGGCAGCAGGGGGAGACCUUCCUUUAAUCAGUCCAUGCCUUCAAUUGACCAAUAAUCCAGCCUGCCAAAGUGUCAUUGAGCAAGGCAUUGUACCUCUAACACCUCUGAGGUCGCUGAUUUCCAACAGGAGGGAGGCAGGGAGAAGGACAACACAGUUUUUUGGGGGGUUAUACAGUGCCCUCUGGUGGCUAUCUUGGAGGCUCUGAGCUCUCACAAAUUAGUCACAGCAUCAGUUUGAUUUAUUCAAAAACCAGCAGCAUGUUGUGGUUUGCUGAACUGGCUUCACACAAGUUUCUGAUUCUGAAUCAGGUUGGGCUGAAGAAAACUUUUUUGUCUCGUUGUUUACCACUAUAUCACCUUUUUGUGUCUUUGCUUUUUCUAAACAUAAAUUGUGCACAGGCAAUUCUGUAUCCCCAUGAUGGCAAAGCCUCUACAGCCCGACUAGAUUCAAAACAUUAACAUUAUCAUAACUUACUGGCAAACACACACACACCCAUGCAUCCCUCCAGCUCAGUGGACAGUUGAGUCUCAUGGUGCUGGUCUCCAGCCCUGAACCUCGUCAGUGUCAGGCACUGCCAAGCCGCUCGCCGCUGCCCCGCAUGCCAACAAGCACAAGCAACACGCAUUGUUUGUGUCACCCAGCCACAUCGCUACUGUGAAGAAAAAAUGGACAAGUGCCAAUGUCUCUCUUUGAUUUACUGCCAAAUGCACACUCACAUCAAAAACACACACACACACACUCACACACUUCCCAUCACAAUGCAGAGCCGCCCGUGGUUGUAGACUUGGAUUAAGUUGUUGCAGCUUUCCUCGCAUCUGAAGCAUGUUGUCACGGCGCCUUCUUUUCAAACACACAACUGUAUCACUCGAUCAUUCGCUAAGCUCCUCCCCCCCAAUCGAUGAUUGUCCAAUCACGUCUGUCAAGCUUUGGAUUGUCUCCAUCUUGUAGCAGAGACACAGAGAAAUUAAACGGUUUAAGGAUGGUGUAAUUUUUUAGCUUUUCCAAAACCAGAAACAGAAGAGAAAAGGUGUGCUAGCGUUAUCUGCAUACAUUAGCAUGUGUCGCUAACUAUCUUAACCAUGUGAAUAUUAUGAGCCACUGUGCUUAUAAGCUUUACAAUACUUAAAUCAGUUUCUGCAAGUGGACUUUCCCGGAACGCAUGACACAGCAUGAUUUAAUGUAUGCAGCUGCCAAAGUGCACAUUCAAGACCAAUUUUACAUGAUGCCAUGAAAACGGAAGCCACACAAUGUUUUCAACCGAGUCAUGAAAGUAGCGUUAACUUAGCUAAAUAGCUACAGCUUAAUAUUCCAAACUUACUAAGAAUUCCAAGUGUUAUCAUUAUCAUUGUAAACUGCGGAGAUGGAGAGCUUGACAGACGUAGCAGUAUCUAAAGGGGGUGGAGCUUAGGAGAUGGUCCGAGCAAAUAGCUGAUUUCCUGUGACAACGAAACAGGUAGAGUUGGCUGCGACGGAGACAUUUUGAAAGUAACAGGAAAACCGCAGACUGGUUAUUUUUUACUCCUGCCUAUAUUAGUGAAAUCGUGGUAACAUUUUAGUUCAGUCAACAAAAUAUCAGUAAUAAUUAAAUGAUUGAAGCUGACAAUGUUGUGCUCGGAACUAUCUGGAACCCGAUUGAGAGUCUUGUGCAGCGAAUCUAGAAAUCGGAGAAAUCUAAAUUAUUUCAGCUGAAGAGCUGAAUAAGGGAACAAUGAUAUCGGUGCUUUCUCACUGCCUUAAAUGUGCAAACGUUGGGGAGGCAGCUCCUCCUCCCAUUGGCUGUAGUGAGAAAAAGGUGAAUGAUGACGAUCCGCUUUCUGCUCCAUCAAAGAUGCUGCUUGUCAUCUUUGGUUUGUGGUCACUCCCUCUUCCUCCAAACCCCUUGUUCUUGUUUCUGACAGCUGAAGUAUAAAAGAGUUGAAGCUGUAUUUGAAUUCAAAACUGACCAAUAUUGUAAAAACAUUUUAAAAAGGGGGAGGGGGUGUUUUUUUUCGUUGUUGCUUUGCGCCCAGUUGAGCUGGGCUCACUUGAACAGACAGGAGCACAACCAAAUUGUUUUGGGGUUUUCUAGCCUGACGAGCAUGUUUUGAAGCUUUUUAAAGGGGAUGCAUUGAGAAGAGACCUUUACCUUUAUGUAUGCGUGUAUUGGACGGAAGCCAUUUUGAAUUUCGAUUGUCCUCUCUGUUUAAACGAGUGGGGUUGGUUUUGCACACUUUGAGGUCGGGGUGGUUGUAAAUACUUAAGUCUUGCACAGUGAAUCAAAGAUGCAUUCUGCCCUGUUGAUGUUACAAUAUGCUUAACCCCGCUGAGUAAAUUAUUGUACUUACAAAAAAAAAGAAAAGAGAAAUGCAAAAAACUCAACACGCUGUCAGAAACAGGUGUGUGUCUUGUGGUGAUUGGAUGUUUUGCCGAAUGCAGGCGGCACACGGUGUACAGUAAGAAACUGUUUGUGACCUCACUGACAUCAGAGACUGAGAACAAAAAAAAAAGAGGCACUUUUCCCCUCGUCCUGCCAAAAUCUUCUCCGGCUCCUCUCUGUCUUUACGAAUGCCUGUUGUUUCUUGGAAGCACUUCCUCCGCGGACGUUUCAACCCGAGCUUGCCGCCCCCCCCCGUUGGGCUCGCGGGCUGCGCGAGGCACCGAAGCUGACCUGACACACCGUACUGUAUAACGCUUACCGACAACCAACAGGUGCUACUAGUCAGUCAAAGCCCAUCAGAGACCAACCAGUCCCAUUGUCACGACCUCAGGACAAUCCUAACCUACACAAUCCUACCUGUGUUCAGCUUCACGUGCCUCCGCAGCCGAGCCCCGGGUGGCUCGCACGUGCAUCUGGCCGACGUCACCGACCUCGUGUCCUCGAAAGGUGGGCGGUUGCAUGCGAAUGGAGCAGUUGCGAUGGUAGCAGGUUGCUCCUUAACUUGACUUACACCCCUGUAGUAAACCUGAGCUUGGCUAUCCCACAUUUAACCCUCUGGGCUACUCUACACUUCAGAUGUAGGCCAGUAGAUCCCGAGCUUUCGGAGCUUGGUCACCGGUAACAGUGUAAACUACAGUGCUAACGAUCAACUGGUUAUUUUCCUCCACUUACACUCUGCAGUUACAUCUCAGUUGAAAACCAUAGCAUUUACUCUGGUUUGAGAGAGAGUUUUUCUUCUUUUUUUGGGUGAAACAUUUGUCCGUAAAUGUUUUAUAUUUUGUACAUUUGUAUGUAACAUAUCAUGUAAAUAGACAGAGACAGUGAUUUAACUCAUCUGGAGGAUUUUGUAGUCUUUGUAAAGCCCUAAUAAAUGGUAUUUGGUGUCACACGAGCAAACGA